AUGGAGGGGAAACUGUUGAUUGUUCUGUUGGUUGUUUCCACAGCAUCCAGUGCUGUUACUCUCAAGUGCCACGUGUGUGCUGAGGGUGGAGUCUGUUCUGACGGCGAGAUUGGCGAACUUCAGACUUGCCCGAAUAUCUCUAGCCGGGUGGCCAAUCGGUGCUUGAAAUUUGACGGGGAAUACUCCUCAUCUAAUCCAGGAAGCACAUUCUCUUUAAAAGGAGUCAUACGCAAUUGCUACUUCCAUCGGCAGGAAGGCGUCCCCGCCCCGCCCCUCCGGUGCUUAUCUGGCUCCGACGCUGAAGCUUACCUCCCCAACGUACACUUAAUCACCGGCGACUACUGCUUCUGCGCAAGCGACGGCUGCAACGGCGUAGACUCUCUCAAGCCGUUCCUCUGGUUGAUCCUCACCGUGGGCUUGAUGCACAUGCUGCUGAUGUAA